AUGGAUAUCUUCAAGAAUAUGUGCAAAGAGCAGCUCAACGAUCGAGGUUAUUUCUCUCUUGCAGCUGGACAGCAACAUGAACAUCAAGUGAUUGCGAUUACGCAAAUACAUACAGGAGAUAAUGCGGGGCCCGAAGUGACUGUUCACGAGACCACCAUCGGAACAGAUGGUUUGGUGGAAUUUGUGAACUGCGGGACGCCAAGGGACGAUAUAAGUGAGCGCCCGGAGAGCACCCAAACACGCCUUGUCAUCAUAGGAAUAAAGAACAGUGCCCAAGGCGGCUUGGCCAUGCGGCGCGACGUAUUCGAGGGUCUCCUUGAAUCACGGGUUGGCAUAGACUACAGCGCCGUGUGGUUGCUCCUGCACCAUUACGAUGGAUACCACUUCUUUACUGGAAAUAAUGAAGAGUCCAUGAGGGAGACACACUUCUUUGGCUGGGGAGUCUUUGCUGUUGUGUGGGCUUACGAUUACAAAACGUGCAGUACUUUGGCACUCUUCAUUGACCGUCUGUACCGCAAACCCGGCGAGACGAGUAGACUUUCCGGUCUUCUCCCGAUCAUUGUGCAGCACAAGGCAUUCAUUUCCUCACCAAUCUAUUUAGGAUAUGUUCUCAGUCUGGCGAUUGGCGCAGGCCUGGAUGUAUAUCAAGAAGACUGGCGGCAAAUGCGCGAGAUUGAAGUAGCUAUUGGCUACGGUUAUGGUCAAACGCCCAGACGCAUCCCCGGCAACAUUGACCAGUUCACUACACGUGCACUCCGUGCUGUUGGCUUGAUGCUUGAGCAAGUCAAACAAACCCAAAAGGAUUCACACAUGGUUCAAUUUGGUCACUCAGACAUUUCAUGGCGGCAGCGUUCUUUUGAUAGCAGCACAACCUUGGCCCAGGCCGUACCGCUCAUGACUAGCAGAAUUCGCGCGUAUGAUGAGUACAUGGACUACGUAAUUGUCCGGGCGGAGAGACUAUCGGCCGUGCUUUUUGCACUUCUGACUCACAGGGAUGCAGAGACCAGCGUCCAGCAGGCCGAGGCAAGCCAUGAAAUCGCCAAAGCUGCCAAGAGAGACAGCUCAGACAUGAAGACGAUAGCAAUCAUGACAAUGGCUUUCCUGCCAGCUACGUUCUUGGCGGCGCUGUUCGCCAUCCCUUCCCUUGAUUGGCAGAGCGACGACGUGAUUCAGAGUAAUCAUUGGGUUUAUUGGGCCUUUACAAUACCUGCGACAAUUCUCGUCUUCUUCCUUUGGUAUCUGCUAAACCAACGAGAUUUUCUGAGGUGCUUAAAGUCACACAAAGAUAACAUGGAUGGGCGGUCGUGA